GGUCUGUGUGUGGCCCGUGUGGGUCUGUCUGUCUGAGUGUGUCCCUGUGUGCUAUUCCUAUAGCUCAGCUUUUUCCGCCGUGUUUGGGUACGAUAGAUGCUUAACAGACACUCGUAUGCAUAGGCACAGUGUGAUUUGCAUCGAGUGUCCGUAGGACGUUUAUACAGACAGAGAUGUGUGUGUGUAAUCUACUUCUCCCUGACUGUGUGCCGUCUCACUGUGUUGCCCGGAAUGCCGUGUCCUUCUGUCUUCCCGCCUGCUCGUCUUGCCUGGUCGGUGGAUGUGUUUUCUUCUCGUGUGUGGUUAACGACUGAUCAUGGGCCAAUCGCUGUUUGCGGGUCGACGUGUUUUUAUGAAUGUCGGCAAUUCUGUCUGUCGACAGACAGGGAUGAAUGGGAGCAAACAACACAUACAACAAAGCGUAACGGACAAAUGUACUUGUACAGAUCAGUCGACGGUACAAAUGUAUUUGAAUUUAAGAGGACGAUGCAUUCGAAUUCAAGUAUGUCAUGUACAUUCAUUGAUACCACAACCUAGGCCUGCUUGUGCUAAUAGGCCCCCUCUUUCUUGUGCGCCUGGCUGUCUUACUCUCGACGCGUGCAUAUGAAUGAUGACAUGGCCAGGGAUAUUGCACGGAACGGGCGCUGGUGUGUUCGAGUACUCAGAAAGUCUGUGUGCUUCUCAUGGCCUGUCUGCUCCGGCGGUCGAGCAAUUGCAACAUCUUGAUUCAUCAACGAUAAAUUCCAACCAUCAACUCACGUCUGACGGGACUCCUGCUGCCCCCUGGAAGGUCUCACGACCGUUGAAAGGGCGAAAACGCCUCCUGAUGAUGAUCGAAUCAAUGCGAGCUGCAAGGUCCUCACGGUAGGCGUUGAAUGCCUCCUGGUGCCGGGCUGUGUCCAUCUCGUGGACACUCGACGGCGAGGAGAUCUCUGUCGAUGAGUGAGCAGCCAUGAGCGAGAACCGGAAUGCAACCACUCCUGGCAUAGGGCGGCAGCGGCAUCAUUCAGCAGCGGCCCGCACGUCACCAGGUCAGGACUCAGGAGGACGAAAGGAGCGGCCGUGGAUCAUUCUGCACUCUGUGUGUGUGUGUGUGUGUGUGUGUGUGUGUGAGGUCUUCUCAGUGUGACGAGAUGGACUCGGCGGCCGUACGCACUCCAGCUGGCCAGCCGUCGCUCCAAGCAGUGCUGGAACGUGUGCUGGACGAGGCGAGCACCCUCCUCGAUGCCAUCCGCACACAGGAGGCCUACGACCGCGCCGUCCAGCAGCGAGGGCUGGAGUCCGUCGAGGCCGACAUUGCCGCCGUCAUUGCCCCUGUCGUGGCCGACAUCCGCAACCUGAUGGCCUCGGCCAGUGAUCCGCAGCUUCGCAUCGGUGCCAUAUGUGAUCUCAUCGGGCUGCUGUCCAUCGAGCACAUAGAGGGCAUCGGGCAGAAGGCUGUGGACAUCGGUGUGGUGCCGCUCUUGGUGGAGCAGCUGAGUGGGUGCGAAGAUUUGCAGGCCGCAGCAGGACAGGCCCUCAGCAUGCUGGCGAUUCAGAAUGGCGAUGCGGUGGCCAAUGCGGAUGCGGUCCCGCCCCUCGUGCAGCUCGUGUCGUCACACACCGACCGUGUGUGUGUGUGGGCCAUCAUGGCGCUGUGCCACGUCAUGUCCGGAUUGGCGGCCCGUCGCGAUGUCGUGGUGGCGGCGGGCAUCGUGGAGCCGUUGCUGAAGGUGAUGCGUGAGACCAGCAACGUCGACGUGCUGAAGGGGAGUGCCCUCCUGCUGCGCAAUCUGUGGAUUGUCCCCGAGAAUGCACCCCUCCCUGCCGCAGUGGCCGAGUUGGCGCCCUUUGUGCCCGUCGUGGUCGGUCUCAUCGCCGCGCCUGAGCAGGACGACCAUGUGCUGCGAGGUGCACGAGGAGCCCUGGCGCACUUCGGGAGCUCGUUUGUUGGGAGAGACGGUCAGUAUGCAAGAGUGCACGAGAGGUCGUCACGAGCUGCAUGGCCCGUUUUCUCCUUCCUGCUCAGGUACCGAUGCCGAUCGAGAUGCUCUGAUGGAGCAUGGCGCCGUGCCGUCGAUCAGGACACUGCUGGAGACUGGAGAGCUUGGUGCACAUGAAGUCGCGGCUUCGAUCUUGAGAUUCAUGACUGCAGGUGAGACAAACCAUCACACACACUCACUGACUUGACGUCACAGGGCCGUUAUUGUGUGUGGAGUGAUUGAUUGGAUGCAGGCACCACUUCUCACGUGCAGGCGUUGAUCGAUGGCGGGCUCGUGCCGCUGCUGGUCGACGUGGCGGCCAACGCGGAGAGCGAUCCGGGCCUGAAGGAGUUAGCAGCAGGAAACAUCGGCAGUAUAGCCCGUGAAGGUUCACAGCAACAGGUGCGUAAACUGACCAUUGAACAGCCCCACGCCCAGGUGUCUGUGCAGAUUGAGUAUGUGGUUGAGUGUGGUGGAAUCCAGCCCCUCUGCGACCUGCUCGAUGGAGACGAUAGCAAUCGGGAGGUCACGAUCUCCACGCUGGACAAGAUAUUGGGGUAACAGAAGACACACAAUUGUGUCCACCAGCCAAAUAACAAAAAGCCUUCAUCUGGUGCGUCAGUGCGGGUGAACAGAAGCAGGCCAACGAGGGCCUCCCCGACAACCCCUACUCCACGAUAUUCGAGCAGGUGAGUGGGCAAGAGAGAGAGCAUAACGGGGAAGGACCAAUGUGCACACACCUAUCUUUCCCUGACCACCGUGCAGGCCGGCGGCGUGGACAAGGUAGCGGCGCUGCAGACACACAAUGACGUUGGGAUCGCAAUUCAGGUGGGUCACCUGCAUCGCACGCGUAGCGAAUACACACUGUCAGUUUCUUGUCUGUCCUCUGCUCAUUCAGGCACUCGUGUUUCUCAUCAGCCAUUUCCCCACUCGCGUCGACGCACAGCGGUUGGAGGCUAUCAUUCAGGAGGGCGUCAUUCAGGUGGUGCAGGCCGACGAGGUGGAGACAAAUGUGGGGGCAGAUGAUGACAUCGGCAGCGAUGGCGAGGCGGAUGGGGAUGUGGACGGCCAGCUGGAGGGCGAUGGUGGGGACGAGGGUGCGGAGGGGUAGACAGACAGACACAUUUAUAUAUGUCUGGGUGCGUGUACGCAUCUAUGACGGUUCUCACGUCCAAUGGCGAGGUCCCUGGUUGCGGCAAUGGAUUGAUGUAUAUACGUAUGGAUGAAUAGCUGUGCGCAGAUGCGACUAUGGCCAGAGGAAGAGACAUACACAUAUAGACACAUUCACAUACACACACAUAUGUAUGUAACGUUCACAUUUGUACAGAUCAGACGGCCGUGAACUUGAAUUUAAGAGGACGGUGCAGUCGGAUUCAAGUAUGUCAUGUAUUCAUUGCUUCCGUCGAUACUUGGCCUGCCGACGUUUCUAAUCUAUUAUUAUUGC